CACUCUCAGUCUCUCUCUCUUUAAAAAAGGGGCAAGGCAUUUCACGUGAUAUGGAGAAUCACAAGAAAAAGACCUGAUAAGAAGAAAAGAAAGCAGGACAUGUUGAACAUCGCCAUCUGGAAGCUCAUUAUACUCAUGGAGAGAGAGAGGAAUUAAAAGCAAAACAUGCCCCCAUCAGCUAGCACAAACCUGGGCUACACCCCUCCCGAUGGAGGCUGGGGGUGGGCUGUGGUGUUCGGAUCCUUCGUCUCCAUCGGCUUCUCUUACGCCUUUCCCAAGUCUCUCACCAUCUACUUCAAAGAAAUCCAGGAGUAUUUCUCCAUCUCCUACAGUGAGAUAGCCUGGGUCUCCUCCAUCAUGCUGGCUACCAUGUAUGCAGGAGGACCUGUGAGCAGCAUUUUGGUCAAUCGCUAUGGUAGCCGCCCAGUGGUGAUUGUUGGUGGGCUAAUGGUUGGGCUUGCUAUGGUAACGGCUUCUUUUGGCACUACCAUUUUGCAUUUGUAUUUAUGCGUGGGAGUUAUUGGAGGCUUUGGCUUAGCUUUUAACCUUCAACCAGCUCUUACGAUAAUCGGCAAAUACUUCCUUGUGAAAAGGCCAAUAGCAAAUGGCUUGGCAAUGGCGGGGAGUCCAGUCUUCCUUUCCACCUUGGCACCCCUCAACCAAUUUCUCUUUGAUCAUUUUGGAUGGCGAGGAAGCUUCCUCAUCCUCGGAGGAGUGCUGUUCAACUGCUGUGUAGCUGGAUCGCUUAUGCGACCCAUCAAGAUAAAAAUAAAACCGCCAGUGAGCCAAAUCACUGAUGACAAUGACACAGGGGAGCUGGACGUCAACCCUCAGACAGCUGGACAAGACAAUUCCAAGCAGUCAGGCUGUGCCGCAAAGUUCAACCAGUUCAUUGAUGUAUCCCUCUUCAAGCACAGAGGCUUCCUGAUCUAUCUGGUGGGAAAUGUGCUCAUGUUUUUUGGAUUUUUUGCCCCAGUGGUCUUCCUGGCCCCAUAUGCCAAGCAUCAGGGGAUAGACGAGUACUCCGCAGCAUUCCUGCUCUCCAUAUUUGCUCUAGUGGACAUGUUUGCACGUCCAGGAACGGGUCUGGUAGCCAACACCAGGUGGAUCAGGCCCAAGAUCCAGUAUUUCUUCAGCUUCGCUGUAAUAUAUAAUGGCUUGUGCCAUCUGAUGUGUCCGCUCUUACCAGGUUACAUAGGCCUGGUGGUGUACGCUGUGUUUUUUGGCCUGGCUUUUGGGAUGGUGUGUGCUCUUCUUUUCGAGGUACUCAUGGAUUUGGUGGGAGCUCAGCGGUUCUCCAGUGCGGUUGGGCUUGCUACCAUUAUAGAGUGUGGGCCUGUCCUGCUGGGACCACCCCUCUCUGGUUUACUGGUUGACAUCUUCAUGGACUAUAAAUACAUGUACUUUGCUUGUGGUGUGAUGAUGCUAGCCGGAGGUAUCUUCCUCUUCAUCAUGAACUAUUACAACUACAGAUGGUUGGAAAAGGAAAAGAAACAGAAAAAGGUAGAAGAGCUACAGAUUGGCUCAGCCAAAGUGCUUGCUGCCAUGGAGGAGGCCAAAGACAAUGAGGAAGAGGUCAAACUCAGCACAGAGGAGAAAACCCCGGACUCAACCUGCUGAGAGCCCUGAAUACUUUUGUUAGAAUGAAACUCUAACCUGUUUGUCUGUCUCUCUAUCUCUCUAUCUGUGUAUCUAUCUAUAUAUCUAUUAGGGGUGUAACGAUACCCUCAUGUCACGUUUAAAAUAAUAAUGAUUCUAACGCUGAAACACAGAAUUAUUUUAGAUGAAUAUGUUUGCACUCUGUCACUUACUAUAGAUACAUUUAAAAUAAUGUAGGCCACUUUUUACUGGUAACACAAGACAUUUGGCAUUAUCAGGAUCCACAAAUAUUCCCCCAUUGCAUUAUUUUACAUUAUAUUCAACAUUAUAUACAGUAGUUCAAUGUAGUACUGACACUAAAACUCUGUAAACUUGGAUUUUUUCUCACUCAUAAUUUUCAUUUUGGGUGAACUAUACACUAUACAUGUUGCAUUUUUGUAUUGCGAUAUAUUGUUACACCUCUACUCUCUAUCUAUCUAUCUAUCUAUCUAUCUAUCUAUCUAUCUAAUGCCACGAUCAACCAAACAGGACCAAGCACUUCUCAAAGUUGCAUUUUUAUAAAUUAGUUUUUUUAUUGUUUUUGUAAUUUAUGAUCUUUUGUUUUAUUUUUAAAGUUUUCUUUAAUAUUAUUUCAUCAAUAAAUUAUAAAACAGGUAGGGCUGUGCCUAAGCCUGUGUCUGCUCA